AUGCCCCCGGUAUAUGUCAAGGGGGGUACUUGGAGCUCCACCGAGGAUGAAAUCCUCAAGGCAGCUGUUCAGAAAUAUGGGCUUCACGAAUGGCUGCGAGUGCUGUCUCUCCUCCCGAAAAAGCUGGCCAAACAAGCCAAAGCCAGGUGGCAGGAGUGGUUGAACCCUCAAAUUAUCAAGCUGGAAUGGGUCAGAGAAGAGGAUGCAAAGCUUUUGAGUUUGGUAAAGGUGUUGCCUAAUCAAUGGCGAACCAUUUCUCUGCUCAUGGGCCGUACACUGACUCAAUGUGCCCAGAGGUAUCAGCAGUUACUCGAUGAGGUUGCUGAUGGUGCCGAAUACGCAGAUUUGGGACUCAGCGGGCCUGGUAUCGAAAGUAUACCAGGGACAGAUUUGGGUAUCAACACCGCUUCGAUGGAUGCUGUGGAUCUUGAGGACAGUGGUGACGAACAAGAGCAGGAAAUGUUAGUGGAGGCCAAGGCGCGUCUUGCCAGCAACCAAGGUAAGAAGGCGAAGAGAAAGGCUCGAGAACGGCUCCUCAAAGAGCUGCGUCGGUUGGCUCUCAUCCAGAAGAAACGUGAUCUACAAGAAAUGGGGUUGCGUGUCAGUCUUUCACGCAAAAAGAAGCUGAAAGAGUUUGAUUACAACGCCAAUAUUCCUCAUGAGCGCGUACCUCUACUGGGUUUGUAUCAAGUUGAUGAUGAGAAUGAGGCUGCUGCCGCUGACUUGCAAGAUUUCGAGAUGAAGGUCAAGCGUGAAGGACAGGUCCUUCAUCGUGAAUCUAAGAAAAAAGAGAAGACCACGGAAAGCAAACGAACAAUUCAAGGAGCUGCAGAACUCAUCAACGAUUUGUCCAAAAGACCUAAACUUGAUUUACCCCUGGUAUCGCUGAAAUAUGAUACGACUCUCGACACCCAGAUCGCUAUCAACAAACAACAGAUUCUCGAAGAGAGUACUGAGUCUUCAACAAUUGACUCCAAAUUCCUAAAGGCAUUAUUCAAAAAGCUUCCGGAAGCGAAAUUCGAAUUUUCCGCGGUUAUACCUCCGUUUGGCUUUGGCGAGACAAUCGACCUCAUGCCAAUCCCUGAGCCUUCCGUGGCCCAACGCCUUGCUUCUCAAAUCGAUGAUGAACAGGCAAAGACCCGUCGACUGCAGGCAGUUCAAAUGCGUCUUCCUAUCCCUAUCGAUCGCAUACGUGUUCCAGAUGAUAAUGAUGACUCUUUGACUCAGAAAGCACAAGAAAUGUUCAAUCAGCUUGUGCGUUCUGAUUACCGUCGAUAUGUUGAUAACUCGUACCGCGCCCCACUUGUUGACGAUCUCGAGCAAGCCGACCUUGAUCGUAUCGAAGAACUCGUACAGCAGCAGAGUCACACUCCAACACAUGAGAUGGGGGACGUUCCAGCUUACAAACUCCCUCAAUUGACCGAGGAAACUAAGGAAGCUAUCGGUCGCAAAAUCAAGGAGCUUCAAGACAAGCAUACAAACAAACGUCAAGAUCUCGAUUCCAUCACCGACAUGUUUGCACAACGCGAAAAAACAUUGCUUAAACGGAUUCAUGAGAAGUAUGCUCAGUUACAAAAUCUUGAUACUGCUUUGGAACUUUCACUGAAAUUUAGCGAAGAUGAACAACGCUGGGGCGAAGCUGACAAGGUGAGAUUGGAACGGUUGGUGGCAGAGAUUGGUCAACAGGAGCAGCUACAACAGAUGAACCUUAGACAAUCGGCUUAA